AUGGGCAGAUCACGUUGUGCGUUGCUUGCAAUUUUUCUUGAUAUUUAUGUGGUCAUACUGCUACUCAUCACAUCACCUGUUUGUGAGAGUAAUACUGUUUUUAGUCCAACUUCAGAGAAACAUGGAGUUGCUUUCUUCAUGUUUGGAGAUUCUUACUUGGAUGCCGGUAACAACAACUACCUCAACACCACAACUCUUGCCCAAGCAAACUUCUGGCCUUAUGGAGAGACUUACUUCAAGUUCCCCACCGGAAGAUUCUCCGAUGGCCGGUUGAUAUCCGAUUUUCUUGCUGAAUAUGCUAACCUACCACUCAUUCCACCUUUUCUACAACCGGGGUUUCGCCAUUAUUAUGAUGGGGUGAACUUUGCUUCUUCAGGAGCUGGUGCUCUGGUGGAAACGUUUCAAGGAUCGGUGAUCGAUCUGAAAACUCAACUAAGGAACUAUAAGGAGGUAGAGGCUUGGUUGAGAAAGAAGUUAGGCAGUGUUGGAGCUGAAUUGGCAUUGUCUAAAGCUGUCUACUUGGUUAGCAUCGGCACCAAUGAUUAUUUGAGCCUUGCCUUAAACAAUUCCACAAUCCUAUACACAUACUCCUCCCAAUCACAAUACGUUGGGAUGGUCAUUGGUAACUUGACAGCUGUCAUCAAAGAUAUAUAUGACAUUGGAGGUAGGAAAUUUGGGUUUAUAAACUUGCCAGAAUUGGGUUGUUUACCAGGCGUAAGAAUAGUUAAAGAAGAAACCAAGGGUAAGUGCUUUGAAGAAGCAUCAUCUAUAACAAACUUACAUAACGAAGCACUUUCAAAGCUUCUCAAUAAACUAUCGAAGCAGUCGAAGGGCUUCAAAUAUUCACUCUAUGACUUCAAUACCAAUAUAAGAAAAAGGAUGAUUCUUCCCUCCCACUAUGGGUUCAAGGAAGGGAAAAGUGCUUGCUGUGGAACAGGGGAAUUUAGAGGAGUGUUUAGUUGUGGAGGAAAAAGAAUUGUGAAGGAGUAUCAACUCUGUGAGAAUCCCAGUGACCAUGUGUUUUGGGACUCUUUCCAUCUCACUGAAAUGGUUCACAAACAAUUUGCUGAUGAAAUGUGGACAGGCCCUCAAACUUCACUUGGGCCUUACACUAUGAAGGAUCUCUUUCAGGCCCACUGA